AUGAAAGGGGCAAGCAACACUGACAGCAGCGAAGAAGAUAUGCACCCUGGACCGUCCCCUGGGAGGUCGCAAACGCAAAGAGAUUACCAGAAUCGUAAAAUGUCAGGGGUCCCAUACGGAGGGAAGUCCUCUGGAGAGACAGGGAGUGAAUUUAAAGAGGACGACGAAUCAUCCAAUUUGAUAAACAACUUUCUUGAAGACAUCGAAGAAAGAAUCAGGAACCAACCACUUCGCUCCCUUCUUGAUCACGCGAAGGGCAAUAGUAAAUCUUCUAAAAAGGAGGAAUCCUCAUGUGACAGAUUAGGAAUCGCUACUUCCAUAUUAAAGUGUUUCACUCCACUUUUGGGAAUGCUUAUAUAUGCGAAAGUAAUAACGGCCGUAGGUUCUUCGAUGGCUUAUUUGUUUUUUCUCGUUUUGUCCACUAUCUUAAUCAUCUACCUUGGAGGUAAGUUACAAAGAAUUAAGAAGUCCAUUAAGAACAAAUAUAGAAAUGAAGAUAGAAACAGAAAUAGAGGACACGCCAGGAGACCACUCCAGGAGGGUGCCGAAGUGAGGCGAUCCAUAAUAAGGGAUGGUGUCCUUGUCAUGCGAACUGGGCAGAAUGAUGGUGUCCGUGAGAUGACAUCAAUACGGGGCAGACAAGGGUAUUCAUGGUCCGCAAAACAUAAUCAUGGAAGAAUAUACAGAACGUUUCAUGAACAAUGUGUGUAA